UCCUCAGCUGCUGAACAAAGACCCCAAGGAGCGUCUGGGCUGUUUGGCUUCGGGGGGGAAAGACGUUCAGGAUCAUCGUUUCUUCAGGAAAGUAAACUUCCGGAUGCUGGAGGCCGGACUCGUCGAGCCGCCGUUCAAACCUGAUCCCAGACUGGUGUACUGCAGCGACGUGCAGGACAUCGAUGAGUUCUCCACGGUGAAGGGGGUCACUCUGGGUGAGACCGACAGCGAGUUUUACUGCAAGUUCAACACGGGCAGCGUGUCCAUCAACUGGCAGAACGAGGUGAUAGAUACCGGCUGUUUCAAAGAGCUGAACGUUUUCGGCCCUGAAGGAUCCAGAUCUUCAGACCUGGACUGGACUCAGACUCCCGAGAGCCCCAAACGCAGCCUGCUGGACCGCCUCUUCCGCAGAAACGUGAGGAAACUCUGCAGCAGCAGCAUUCUGCAUUAA